UGUCUGCUGUGUUUCAGCUUCACUCAGAGACAACAUGGCUUCCAGGUUAGAGGAAGAUCUCUGCUGUCCGGUCUGUCAGGACGUCUUUAGAGAUCCUGUUGUUCUGUCCUGUAGCCACAGCUUCUGUAAAGCCUGUCUGAAGACCUGGUGGAGGGGGAAACCAUCACUAGAGUGUCCAGUCUGUAAGAUAGAAUCUUCAGGAAGGAAUCCCCCCUGUUACCUGGUUUUGAAGAACCUGUGUGAGGCCUUCUUACUGGAGAGAGGUCAGAGACCUCCAGAGGCUCUCUGCAGUCUACACUCUGAGAGACUCACACUCUUCUGUCUGGACCAUCAGCAGCCAGUGUGUCUCGUCUGCAGACAUUCAGAGAAACACAGCCAGCACAGAUUCAGACCCAUGGAUGAAGCUGCUCAGGAUCUCAGAGAGGAGCUCCAGAAAGCUCUGAAGCGCUUUAAGGAGAAACUGUGGCGCGUUGAAAAAGGUAAAUUUGCGCUUGAUCAAACAGCAGGACACAUGAAGGUCCAGGUCCGAUGCACAGAGACGCAGAUUAAGGAGCAGUUCAAGAAGCUUCACCAGUUUCUAGAAGAGGAAGAGGAGGCCAGGAUGGCUGCACUGAGGGAGGAAGUGGAGCAGAAGAGGAGGAUGAUGGAGGAGAAGAUGGAGGCUGUGAGCAGAGAGAUAGCAGCUCUUUCACACACAAUCAGAGCCACAGAGGAGGAGCUGAGAGCUGAAGACGUCUCCUUCCUGCACAACUACAAGGCUGCAGUGGAGAGGCUGCAGCGCCCCCUGCUGGAGGCUCCACAGCUGCCCUCAGGAGCUCUGAUAGACCAGGCCAAACACCUGGGCAACCUCAGCUUCAACAUCUGGAACAAGAUGAAGGACAUGGUGUCCUACUCUCCUCUCAUCCUGGACCCAAACACUGCUCAUCGAGAACUCGUCCUGUCUGAAGAUCUGACCAGAGUGAGACUAGGAGGAGAGAGACAGGAGCUUCCUGAUAAUCCAGAGAGGUUUGAUCAUCACCGCUCUGUCCUGGGCUCUGAGGGCUUUGACUCAGGGACUCACAGCUGGGAUGUCCAGGUUACAGACAGUACAUACUGGGUACUGGGCGUGUCAGCAGAGUCUUUCCAGAGGAAGGGACACAGAGAGUCUGGAUUAUGGAGACUAGGUUUCUAUAAAGGUGAAUACGCAGCAUGCUCACCAAGGUUAUCAGGUUCAGACACUCCUCUCCCCCUGCAGAAGGAGCUCCAGAGGGUCAGAGUGAAUCUGGACUGGAACAGAGGAGAGUUGUCGUUCUCUGAUCCUGACACUAACACACACAUACACACCUUCACACACACUUUCACUGAGAAGAUGUUUCCAUUCAUUAACACUGCAAAUGAUGUGAAGAUAUUACCACUGAAGGUGUGUGUGACAAGGGAACAGAAGAGAUAGAAAUAAAGAGUUUGUUUGCGUUUAUUAUGUUG